AACGCCUCUCCACUAUUGUAUCUCCCAAAUCAAUAAGAUUUACUCACGGGUUUAGCUAUGUAACUUCCCCUAAUUUUUUCUUGGCAGAACUGCUCCCAUUCGGUAUCUGAUAGGCCUUGGGUAGAGCAUUAAAAGGAGAGUUUUGUUUUUUGUUUUUAAGAUCACACUGAGAUGAUCUUCACAGUCUUCUCUCCAUGUACGAACGAUUGGAGUUGAGAGACUUUUUUUUCUUUUUUGUAACCAACAGCUCCCAUUUCUGCCUGAGUUGGGAAAACGCAAGCAGGUCUGUCACACCAGCUGAGCUACCAUUUAACUCAAUUCUGAUGGCACCUACCCGGACACAGCAUCAGAUCCCACAGGCUCAGGGCUCAACUGCCUACACUGUCCCGACCGCUUGAGAUGCCCACUGCAAGCCUAUGCUUCUGACGGAUCAGCCAUCAAUCAGAGUUUCCCCAUGACCCCCCCUCCUCGGGCGUGAUUAAUUUAUUAGAGUGGCUCAUACGACUCCAGAAAACAGCUUACUUACCGUUUACCGAUUUAUCAUGAAAGGAUAUCAUGGAGGAUGCAGUCGAACAUCCAGAUGGAAGGGAAGGAGAUGUGAGAAAAGGUGCUCUCAAUUGCAGAGGUAGCGACAUAGCUGUGAGAAAGUUGCACGGAGCAGUUGGCAAUCAACAUGCACUGUAAAGUUGUGUGGAGUGGGAAAAUGUUCUUAGCAUCCUCCUUGGCGCCAGAAACAAGUGGAACGAAGUACUUCCAGGUUCCCUUUGUGGGGUCUUGGGCCCUAGUGUGCAGGGGUGCUUCCUCCCGGGAAGGUAAAUAUAACCAUCUCCUGCCUGGACUUCCCACCAAGGACAGAGCCUCAGGGAUGAAUCUGUUGGCCUACAGCCAAGACUUACCUAUUUCCCCACCCCCGUCAUCUGGAAAAACGAAGCUGCAAGUUCCUGUGUUUUAGAGGUAAGGAGGGAAACCAUGAUUGGUGAUUUCCUCCCCGCACUCACCUACCCGAGGGAGGCUGAUUCCAGGCGUUCUGUGCCUCUCCAAGAGCAUCACUGGGCUUCCAAUUUUAAGAGACAAGAAUCUCACCCGGGGCAACUACCAAGCCCACGUGUUUUCCCUCUAGCCUGAUCGUGUGUGCUGAUGACCGUUUCCCUAUUUACACUUUGACUUACCCCUGUGGUCUUCUUAAAGUUUCUCAGGUAGCCCUAGCCUUGCAAACCUUCCAGUGGGGCACAGAUCUUUGGGAGGUGAGGGCUGCGGGCAGAAGGGAGCAACAGAAAGGAGGAGACUCCUAAGCCCAUUCACACCCUGCAGUCCUUUCCUGUCCCUAGCCCAGUAGCCCAUUACAGCGCACGGAUGAUUCGCGCUCCCUGCGGGUUCCUGGUCCCCAGGACCGGCGCUGCGUGUUAUAGUCACCACCACCAGGGGCUGGGAGAAGGGUGGGGGCGCAGAGACAGGAGUGGGGAAGGCCACGCAAGGGGAGGUGGCGGAGGCAGAGAAAAAGGUGGGGACCGCCGCGGAGCGGGCGGUGGGAGCGGGGUGGGGCCAGGGCGGGCCCGGGGGCGGGGCUGCGGGGCGGGGUGCGCCACAGCGCCCCCUUGCUGCGCGCUCCCCGCCGUGCCCCGGGGCGGCCGGUGGCUAGGGCUCCGCAGCCCCUUUGUGUGCGACGCGCUGGCCGAGAGGAGCGCGGCUCGGGCACGGCGGAGGCUCGGCGGGGUCCCGCCGCCCCGGCCCGGUCCCGGCCGCGCUCUCCUCCUCCUUCUCCGCUCCUCCCUCCUCCGGCCCCCGGCCCCCAGCCCCACGCCGCAGCCAUUGGGCCGCGAGCAGCCCCGCGUCCUGCCGCGCACCCUACCCCGCCCGGCCCGGGGCGUUCACCCCCUCCCCCCCCACUCCCGCCCUGUCCCCCUCUUCAUUCCUCCCCCCCCCCCCCCAUCCCAGGCCUCCAAGGUGGAGAAAAUAAACUAAAAGCAGAGCAACUCAGAGACUCCAAUAAAACGCCCAGGACCUAGAGCCCGAGCGCGAGCGCGUGUGCCGGGCGGCGAGGGGCGCGGGAGGCGGGGAUGGGGGGGGCGGGCGGGGGGACAAUGAGCGCAUGA